CGCGAUCCCUUGGAAUACAUUACAGCGUGAAGCGGAAAAAUGGCAGCUGUCGAGUAGAGAGGAUCUUCAUCCGGAAGAAAGAAGUAAAUCUACAGGGAGGCUCAGCUGGUCAGGCUGGUCGUCAUCAUGGGGAAAACUGCUCUGAAAGAUCAGAGGGAGGGUAAGAAGGAGAAAGCAGGAAGAAUGCUUCCUCUGACGCCUCCUGCAAAUAAUAAAGAUUCCUUCAGCUGGGAGGAAUACCUGAAGGAGACGUCAGCUACACCUGCCCCCCCCGCCUGCUUCAGACAGGCCAGGGUCCCCCCCUCUAAUGACUUUAAGACGGGGAUGAAACUUGAGGCUCGGGACCCCCGAAACUCAACGUCUGUCUGCAUCGCCACGGUGAUGGGUCUGACGGGGGUCCGGCUGCGACUCCGACUCGACGGCAGCGACAACUCCAACGACUUCUGGAGACUGGUGGACUCGUCCGACAUCCAGCCAAUCGGAAGCUGCGAGAAGAACGGGGACAUGCUGCAGCCCCCCCUGGGCUUCCGGAUGAACGCGUCCUCCUGGCCCAUGUUUCUGCUCCGCACUCUGAACGGAGCGGAGAUGGCUCCGGCCACCGCCUUCAAAAAGGAGCCCCCGCGGCCCCCCCAGAACCUGUUCAGACCUGGCAUGAAGCUGGAGGCCGUGGACAAGAAGAACCCCUACCUAAUCUGCCCGGCAACCGUGGGCGAGGUGAAGGGAGACGAGGUGUUCGUGAUGUUCGAUGGCUGGAGAGGAGCCUUCGACUACUGGUGCCUCUACGAGUCCAGAGACAUGUUCCCAGUGGGCUGGUGUUCCCUCACUACACACAGCCUGCAGGCACCAGGGAACAGUGUCUCCCUCCAGAAGCCCCCGCCCCCCCUCCCUGCCUCCCCCCCAUGUAAGCCCAGCAGGAGGUCCCUGCAGCCCCCCCACCGGCUGACCCCCCCCAUGCCCCCCCUGCCCGUCAGGAAGGGAGUCCGAGGCCGCCGGCCCAAGAGCGAGACCCUGGCCCUGCUGAGGGGUCUGGCUGAGGCCAAAGCCCUGAACACAGCUGGAGACCAGGACCUGAUUCCAGACCUGAUCCCAGACCUGGAGACCAGACUGCCCAAGAAGAGGGGCCCCAAACCAGGGAGCAAGAGGAAGUCCAAGAUGCUGCAGAGCCCCCCCCAGCUGCAGAGCAGUCAGGUCCCUCAGGACGGCCCCCCCAGCCUCACCUCUGUGGUCUCGACAGUGUGUGUGUACGUGAAUAAGAGUGGGGACUGCGGCCCCCACCUGGACAGGAAGCAGAUGCAGCGUCUGCCGGAUCACUUCGGCCCGGGGCCGGUGAACUCUGUGCUGCAGGAGGUGGUGCAGGCCUGCAUCAGCUGCACCCCCCAGCCCAGAGUCCUGCUGAGCAGCCUGCAGAGCCAGGCCGGGGGGGGGGGCGCUGUCAGAGUGAGGACGGACGGGGGGGUCCGGGUGGUCCGCCUGCCCUCGGCCUCUAGUGCUUCCUUCGUGCUUCGGUUCCUGGAAAACAUGUGUCGACAUCUUCAGUGUGACAGUCUGUUCAGCAGCCAGCCCUUCAGCCUGUACCACAGGAAGUCAGUGAAGCAGGAGGCUCUGGAGGCUCCCUCUCUGGCUCGGGGGGGGAAGAGGAGUCUAUCUGGGGUCUCCCCCCCGUACGCUGCCCCCCUCUCCCCCAAACUGCUCCGGCCUGAAGCCCACCCCUCAGAAGGUACCACCCUAUAAACAGA